AUGAUGAUGCGAGGCCUCGCGCUGCUUCUGCUGUCCUUCACUGCAGCCUUCGACGACGAGCACGUGCUCUCGCCGCGCUGCGCGGCGCUGUUCACGUCGCACGACGCCGCGACGCACCUGAGGCGCGACGACGCGUACCUGCUGCCCGUCGCGUCGGACGCGAACCGCACCUGCACGCACGACCUCUACCGGUCGCCCAAGACGGGCUCGACGGCGCUCUACAACCAGGUGCAGUGGGACGCGGCGCUGCGGAGCCACGUCUGCUGGUCGCUCGGCGCCCAGCGGAGCAGCGGCUGGCACACGCGGCCGGACGAGGCGCACGCGCGGCCCAUCGUCGUCGCGCUCCGCCACCCGGUGGAGCACUGGGCGUCGUCGACGCUGUUCUACGCGCGGCACGAGGUCGACGACAAGUGGUCGCUGCCCAACGGCACCGUCGACCUCGGCGCCGUCUUCGAGAGCUUCCGGUCGAAGGCGACGGCGGAGCACGGCAAGACGGGCCAGUCGAAGUACGUGCUGCGCCGCCCCGACUUCGACGACGUCGUCGUGUGCGUCGGCGGCGGCGCUCCGCCGAUCCACGAGCAGCUCCGCGACCGGUUCCGCGACCCGCGCAUCUGCGAGGUGCCCGUGGCGAACAAGCUCGGCCGCGACCAGACGCCCCUCGCGGCGGACGCGCGCGCGUGGCUCGAGGACUACUUCGCGUCGGACAUGGCCAUCUGGGCCCACUUCUGCGGGAGCCCCCCCGCGGCGCCCGUCGAGGAGUAUCCGAACGGGUCGAUGAAGGCGAUCCGCAUCCGGUCCAUCGGCGGGUCCAUCGAGUGGACGGACGUGCCGCGGCCCAUGCUGCCGGCGGCGGAGUCCAUCAGCGACAGGCUCGCCUCGGCGUCGCUGCGCGACAAGGACGUGGGCGCGGGCAUGGUCGUCGUGUCCGUGCGCAUGGCGGGCAUCUCCUACAGCGACUACCUGGGCAUGCACGGCAAGUACGAGAAGCGGCCCAAGACGCCCAUGUGCCCCGGCGCGGAGGCGUGCGGCGUCGUCGUCGCGGUCAUCAACAGCGCCAAGUUCAAGAUCAACGACAAGGUCGGCGUCGUCAUGCCCUGGACCUGCGGCACCUGCGCCGAGGAGCUCCUGCUGCACGGCGCGGGCGCGGCGUCGCCACUACCAGACUUCUCCGAGUUCGUGAGCCUGGGAAGCGACUACGUGACGGCCUACUUCGCCCUGGGCCACCGCACGCGGCCCAUCCUCAAGACGGGCUGGGACGGGAAGGCGCUCGCCGUGCUCGGCGCGAACGGCGGCGUCGGCGUCGCCGCCGUGGAGGUCGGCAAGGUGCUCGGCGCGUUCACGCUGCGGUGCACGACGAAGACCGACGGCGACGUGCGCAAGUCGGCGGCGCCGGACGGCGUCGUCGACGUGUCGCGGCGCGGCUGGCACGACCGGGUGCUCGAGGCGCGGCCCGGCGGCGUCGACAUCGUCUUCGACCCCGUGGGGGGCGACUACAUCUUCUCCGUGCUCCGCUGCAUGAAGGUCGGCGGGGCGCUGCUCACCGUGGGCUUCGCGAGCGGCAAGAUCCCGACGGUGUCGCUCGAGCACCUCCUGCAGCGCAACAUCGCGAUCCACGGCGUCUGGACGCGCGUACCGCGGCGUCCUUUUUCGUCGCCCCUCCAGUACCCCAAGGAGAUGGAGGACUCCGCGGCCCAGGUCGCGAAGCUCUGGGCCGAGGGCCGCGUCACGCCGGACGUCACGACGGUGCUCCCCAUGGACAAGUUCCGCAACGGCAUCGCCAUGCUCGUCGUCCGCGACUACCGGGGCAAGGUCUGCCUCUCCAUGGACCCGGACUACGCCGCGAAGACGCCGAGCAAGACGGAGCCGACGAUCCACCAGGCCGCGCAGUCGCGCGUGCCCGACGCAUCGAUCCCGGCGUCGCCGCUGCACGGCAGCAUGGCCUGGCGCGGCGUGCUGAACAACGUCUUCGAGAAGACGAACGGCCUCAUCGAGCGCGUGGGCGACGUCGUGGCGCCGGUCCAGUCGCCGACGCACGAGCUCCACAUCGCCAUCCGGCGCCACGACUGGGCGCGGACCGAGGAGCUCCUGCGGAGCAACUAUUUGGACGCGGGGUCGCUGAACCAGAUGGGGGGCGUCGGGGGCUUCGACUUCACGCCGCUCCACGUCGCCGCGGAGGCCGACUUCGUGCGGUGCGUCGAGUACCUCAUCGCGGAGGGCGCGGACGUCGACGUGAGAGACCGGCGGACGCACGAGACGCCGCUGCACAAGGCGGCCAAGGCCGGCGCGAGCCGCGCGGCCAAGUGCCUCGUGGAGCGCGGCGCGUCCGUCGUCGCGCGCGACGGUCGGCGGGGCACGGCCUACGACGUCUGCCGCGACCUCGGCCUCCGCCAGUGGCUCCUGCCUUUGCAGCUCCGCGCGGAGCAGGAGGGCGAGCCGGGAGUGGCCGCGCCGCCGCCGCCCAUGGGCGUCACGGGCCACGCGGCGCCGGCGCAGGCCCUCGACUUCGGCGCGCCGCCCGUGGGCCUCGGCGCGCCCGCGGCGCCCGCGGCCUACGCGCCGACGUCGGCGAGCGGCAAGUACGCCGCCGCGGACUUCUUCCCCGGCGCGCCGGCGCCGCCGCCGGCGCCCAUGCCCGUCAUGGCGCCCCCGGCGCCCAUGCAGCCCAUGCAGCCGAUGCAGCCGAUGCAGCCCGCGGCGCCCAUGCAGCCCAUGGCGCCCGCGGCUCCCAUGGCGCCCGCGGCGCCGAUGGCGCCGAUGCAGCCGGCCGCUCCCAUGGCGCCCGCGUCCUUCGGCGCGCCGCCGCCGUCGCCGCCCGCCGCGCCCGCCGCGCCGCCCGCCGCGCCGCCGCCGCACCCGGCCGCCAUGGCGCCCGAGCCGGACCCGCCGGCCUUCGUUCCGCCGCCGCCGUCGCCGAGCGCGCCGCGGCCGGCGUUCGUGCCCUUCACGCCGUUCUCGCCGGCCGUGAACGUCGCCGCCGCGGCGCCGCUCCGGCCCCAGGCGGCGCCCCUCGCGCCCCAGCCGGCGGCGCCGCCGAGCUUCGCGCCCCAGCCCGUCGCGCCCGCCGCGCCGGGCCCGCCCGCGGGCCUCGCGCCGCCGCCGCCGCCGCCGGGCGCCGGCGCGCCGCCGCCGCCGAUGCCGGCCGCGCCGGGCGAGCAGCCCGUCGGCGACGCGCGCUACAGCUUCUGCUCCAAGCGCGUCGACGCCAUCGGCCGCCGCUACGCCGACGGCUUCCACUCCUCGGCCAGCGACCCCAGCCUCAAGGCCAAGUACGGCCACACGAUGCCCGACUACAGCGGCCUCGCGCCGCCGCCGACCUUCGGCGGGCCGCCGCCGCCGCCGCCGGCCUACUGACGCGGCGGCGCCCCCUGCACACACACACACACACCGCGCUCGUCGUCGUUUUAUACUCAUCCA